UUCGACUCCGCGCCGUUCGUUGUCUUGUGCUCGGAGUCGGGGCUUGCGCUGCCAGCGGGAAGAUGGCGACGGAGGGAGUGAGCGGGGAGCCGGGGUCUGGCGGCAGGGACGAUCCGGCGGCGGCGUCAGCAGCGAAGAGAGAGUUUGAUGUGGACAGUCUCAGCAAAUCAGAACUGAGGAUGCUUCUGAGCAUUCUAGAAGGGGAGCUGGAAGCACGAGACCUUGUGAUCGAAGCUCUGCGGGCACGGAGGAAGGAAGUUUUUAUUCAGGAACGAUAUGGCAGAUUUAAUCUUAGUGACCCAUUUCUGGCUCUGCAGCGAGACUUCGAGGCAGGUGCUGGUGACAAAGACAAGAAAUCCACCUGUACCAACCCACUCUCUAUUUUAGAAGCUGUUAUGGCUCACUGCAGAAAAAUGCAAGAGAGGAUGGCAGCUCAGCUGGUCGCUGCAGAAAACAGACAAAAGAAGUUGGAAAUGGAGAAAUCGCAGUUGCAAGCCCUCGAAAUGGAACAUAAGAAGCUAUGUGCUCGUCUUGAGGAGGAGCGUGGCAAGAAUAAACAUGUUGUAUUGAUGCUAGUGAAAGAAUGUAAACAGUUGUCCAGCAGAAUCGUUGAAGAGGCUCAGAAGUUGGAAGACGUCAUGGCAAAAUUUGAGGAGGAAAAGAAGAAAGCCAGUGAAUUGGAGCAAUCUCUUGCCAUCGAGAAACAAAGGAGCACCCAGAUGGAGGCCCAGAUGGAAAAACAGCUUUCUGAGUUUGACACAGAAAGGGAACAACUGCAUGCCAGGCUUGGCAGAGAAGAAGCACAAACCGGCGAUCUCAAGGAAGAGAGGGAGAGGAUGAAAAAAAUGAUUGAGCAGCUGAAGAAAGAAAAUGAGAGUAAGUUGCACCCUUCUCUCCCAAGGAGAAUCAGAGAUCGAAGUUCUGUUUCUGUGUCUGUUGGGACUGAGGGACCAGCACUGAGAACACUUGCCUGUCAGACAGAUGUGACAUUAGUGGAUGGUGGAACCGAAAGCAUUAAGAAGUUGCCUUUAACUGUACCUAUAAAGCCUUCAGCUAUCAACCCUUUGCUCCCUGGACACGCAAAGAUGAACGUAUGUGCCAAUGCUUCGUUUGUGAAACCCGUCAUGGAUAGACAUUCUUCCUGCAGUGACCUGCUCCUUUCCCCUACAACCUCCAUUCUGACUCAAAGCCAAAACAGAAUUGAGGAGAAUGGACCAAGUACAUCACCCGACCUAACAAGUCUACCUUCCCCUUUUCCAAAUAACAUUGCACCCAAUAUGGCACCUCAGAACUACCUGCAAGCUUCGACCAGCACCACUGGACAUCAAGGUCUGAAUCCACGUGUCCAGGCAGCUAGAUUUAGGUUUCAGACCAACGCUAAUGACCAAGACCAAAAUGGAAACACUACCCAAAGCCCUCCAUCAAGAGAUGUGUCACCCACAAGUCGAGACAACCUAGUUGCCAAGCAACUAGCUCGGAAUACUGUCACCCAGGUCCUUUCAAGAUUUACAAGUCCUCAGGGCGCUGCCCCUGGACGGCCGGGAAUAUCACAUUCAAUAGACGUUGGCACUUAUCCUCCCCCAGUCGGUAGAAUGGGUUUAAAGACUCCCAGUGUGUCGAGGAUUGACCGAGGGAACCCUCCACCCAUUCCUCCCAAAAAGCCAGGCCUUUCACAAACGCCUUCUCCGCCGCACCCACAGCUUAAAGUAAUUAUGGAUAGUGGUCGCUCCCAUAAUGUAGGUGCCAAAACUGAGGGCAAAACCCUAGUUUCUCCUCCUUCCAGUUCACAUCAAGGAAUCAGGGUAAUAAAUGAGGAGAUUAUUUCUAAGUCCUCACCUCAGCUGCCACCAAAGCCAACAAUAGAUAUAUCUGUGGCAUCUGCAGGCUGUGCCAUACCAGCCAUGGCCACAUCUCAGGUGGGUGCCUGGCCUUCCCAAUCCCCUGGACUGAGCCAACCUGCAUGUUCAGAAAGUUCCUUUGUCAUUCCCACCACCAUUGCCUGUAGCUCCUCCAUAAACCCUCUUAGUGCUUCAUCCUGUAGACCAUGUGACUCAGACAGCCUACUGGUAACAGCAUCAGGCUGGUCUCCCUCCCUAACCCCUUUAUUAAUGAGUGGUGGUCCUGUCCCCCUGGGUGGCAGGCCCACCCUUCUUCACCAAGCUGCUGCCCAGGGAAAUGUCACUUUAUUGUCAAUGCUGCUUAAUGAAGAAGGUCUGGACAUUAAUGAUGCCUGUGAAGAUGGCUAUUCUGCCUUGUAUUCUGCUGCUAUGAAUGGACAUACAGAUUGUGUAAGAUUGCUGCUGACUUCCAAAGCACAAGUUGAUCCUGUUGAUAAAAAUGGCUUUACACCCUUAUGUUCAGCAGUUGCUCAGGGACAUUACAAAUGUGCAGAAAUAUUAAUCAUGUAUCACGCUGACGUUAAUCAUGCUGCUGAAAGGGGAGAGACACCUCUUUACUUGGCCUGUGGAAAUGGAAAUAAUGAAUGUGUCAAACUCUUGCUGGAAGCUGGAGCAGACAGAAGUGCAGAAACCUGUGAUGGCUGGACACCAUUUCACGCUGCUGUAGAUGCUGAUAAUGUGGACUGCCUACGAUUUCUCAUGUACUAUGGAAAGCCAGAAGGUGGAAAUGAUCUGAAUGAAACAAAUGCUAAUUCAUGCAUCUUUGACCUGGAGUGUGAAAAUGACAGCUUUAGCCAUAAAGCAAAGUGCACUGUUUCUGCAGAUCUCAUCAAUCACUCUGACAAAGAUGGCUGGACUGCAGCCCAUAUAGCAGCAUCAAAAGGCUUUAAGAGCUGCCUAGAAGUCUUGUGUAGUCAUGGGGGACUGGAGGCUGAGAAGAAAGAUAAAUGCGAUCGAACACUGCAUGAUGUUGCUACCGAUGACUGCAAACAUCUUCUAGAAAAUCUGAAUGCUCUCAAAGUACCACUACGGAUCACAGUUAGCCAGGUAGAGCCAGCCUCCUGUGGUGCAGAGGACCUCGAAAUGGAAAACACCAUGUGUGUGUUAAACAUCCGCAAGCAGACAGCCUGGGAUGAUUUUUCAAAAGCAGUGAGCCAGGCGGUGACAAACCAUUUCCAGGCAAUCACUUCUGAUGAAUGGAGGAGCCUAGAAGACUUGACACUUAAUAACACCCCAGAAUCCAGCAUUGGCCUCACUGUGAGCAGUAUAUUAUCCAUCAAACUUGGUAAUGUUUCAUGGUCAAUAGGUCAAACAUUUCCCCAGGCACCUUGGGAAUUUUUGAAAAAGAACCAGGUGGAACAUAUACUCAUAUUUUUGCUUGGUCCUGCGGAAGGCUCUCUGCACAGUGUGAGUUAUGCAUCUAUGAUCCAUCUUCAGACGUUGCAGAAUUAUCUCAGGCUGGUGGAACAGUACCAUAACAUUAUUUUCCAUGGUCCAGAAGGAAGUUUGCAAGAUUAUGUGGCAUAUCAGAUAGCCCUUUGUAUGAAGCACAAGCAACUGGCUGCAGGAUUCAGCUGUGAAAUAGUCAAAGUGCAGAUAGAUGCUGAUUUCUCCAAGGAGCAGCUUGCAGAAUUAUUCAUCAAUAGUGCUUGCCUGAUCCCUGUGAAACAGCCUUCUGUAAGUAACAGAAUCAUUGUGAUUUUGGAGAAUUUGGAAAAAGCUGCAUUAUCAGAAUUACUGGGGGAGUUCCUUCAUCCUCUUGAAAAUCGUGGCUCUGAGAAUCCCUGGAUGGUAAAAAAAGCCAAUGGUGUAUCUGAUGCUUAUUACUUCCAUGAGAACUGCUUCCUUAUUGGGACCAUUGCUAAGUCUCGGCUUCAAGGUUCUGACUUGAUGGUUCAACAACAUUUCCUCUGGGUUCAGCUGAGAUGGGAUGGAGAACCAAUCCAUGGCCUCCUGCAAAGGUUCUUGCGAAGAAAGCUCUUAAGUAAGUUCAAAGGAAAAAUGCCUCCUCCAUGUGAUCCCAUGUGUAAGAUUGUACAGUGGAUUCUUGCAGUCUGGCACCAGCUGAACUCAUGUUUAUCACGCCUUGGUGCCCCUGAAGCACUUGUUGGACCGAAGCAUUUCCUUUCCUGUCCAGUGGUGCCUGGUCACAGCCACACAACAGUGAAGUGGAUGUCCAAAUUAUGGAAUGCAGUCAUUGCUCCCCGAGUUCAAGAAGCAAUUCUCUCCAGGGCUUCUCUGAAAAGACCUUCUACACUGGGACAGAUGGUAGUCAAGAAAAGUCCAAGUCAAGGGCAACAAGCUGUGGUAAAAGCCGCUCUCAGCAUUCUACUAAAUAAAGCUGUUCUGCAUGGAUGUCCUCUUCCCAGAGCAGAACUGGAUCGAUACAUUGCUGAUUUUAAAGGAGGAAACUUCCCACUCUCCAUGGUAUCAAACUAUAAAAAUUGUCCUAAGAAAAGAGGGGAAAGUACUGCUUGGAGAAAAGUAAGCACAAGUCCUCGUAAGAAGGCUGGCCACUCAUCAGCCCAGUCCUGGAGCAAAAAAGAAGAAAAUGCAGAAGGUGUCAAAACAAAGAAUAUAUUGCAGGGAAAUGGCAACAAAACAGCUUCCUUAACAAAAGCAAAUCUAGAAGAUGAUCUACUAAGUACAUUAAACCUGGAGCAGAAGCUUUCCCUGGGUUCUGAUGAUGAGGUAGACCUUGUGCAGGAACUUCAAAAUAUUUGUUUAAGCAAAUCAGAAUCUGACAUAAGCAAGAUUGUAGAUUCAAAAGAUGAGCUGAGGAUGAUGAUCAGUACUUCUCAGAAGGAUUCUGUGUUGUCAGCAAAAGUCAUUAAUGCAAAUAUAUCAGCAUCACAGCAGGAUGAAAAUCCUGGGACCUGUCCUCUCAGCAGCAGUCAAGCUGUGGAAUGCAGCAACAGUAAAUCAAAAACUGAGUCUUUCAAGAGUGGUGUUUCAAGAGUGAAAUCGUUUCUUCCUGUGCCCAGAAAUAAAGUCAGCCAGUCUUCUCAGAACACUAAACGCAGCAGCAGCAGCAGCAGCAGCAGCAGCAGCAGCAGCAGCAGCAGCAGCAAUACAAGGCAAAUAGAGGCAGUCAAUGACUCAAAAGAGGAAAUUUGGAACAUGCACAAAAAAAUACAACUUGAAAAAUACGAAUAAAUAUAUCCAUCUACCAUUCAUCUUCCCCUCCAGUCUUUGCAUACUCAGUUCUCAUGGAGAACAAAUUCAUUCACACGUGUAAAUAAUUUUAAAAUUAUUUUCUCAGUUAUAUAAUGUAUCUAUGGGACCACAGUUUAAUUUUUAUGUAAAUAAGCUGUUUAUAAUGAAAAUAUUAGAUUAUAUUAAAUUGAACUUUAGAAGUGGAAAGUGAUAGCUUCAUAAAUGAUUUUCUAUUUGAAAAUGUUUUAUUGUUUAAUUAUAUUCAGGGUAUCACAACAGAAAGUUUGUGUGUGUGGGUGUGCGUGCGUGUGCGUGUGUAUAAAUAAAUACAUAGAAAUAAAUAAAUAUAUUGGAUUUGAUUCAGAGAUACUUGUGUACAAAAAAGAUAGGACUACGUGUGAGUUUCAGUGGAGACACACAGAUUUUCCAUUGAAAUAAGAUGCAGAAAGCCCAUGUGGAAAGAUCAAUUGGCUGUCUAUGCUGCAUUGUCAGUGUGGCCAUCUUUGCAUCUGCAUCACCUUGUUCAGAGACUGAUCUGCAGGUCUACUGUGUUAGUGUGGGAUUCCCAUGUGUCAAGAGCCAAUGCGGAUUUCUGCAUGUGGAAAACUAAGUAGUGGGUCUGCUUUUAUUUCCUGUGUCUUGUGGGAUCCUGCAGGGUGUUACUCAUGUGAAAAUGCUCUUCUCUGUGUGUGUUAACAUCUCUACUGCCUGCAACAGAAUUCCUGGACUGGGGUGAUUAACCUUAUAUAGUUCUAUGCUGAGUUCCUGUGGUAUAUUUCAUACAUUGGGUUGCACAAUUCUGUACAGUUCUGGCUUAAAACUACUAUACAUGUGUUUUCAAGGCAAAAAAACUAACAAAAUAAAACUAUGUUCACUUUCUGAAAAGUGAAGGGAAUGUGGCAAUAAUGGGAAGAAUAGGGAUACUGCCCAGUUACAGUUAUAAACUGCAUUAAAUAUUUCAGUUGCCCAUUUAUUGGGUAGUUUGGCUUAUUUCUUGUCUCUUGUUGCUUUGAUUUUGCAUUUUAGCACCUGUAUGAAUUACAUUUUGCACACAGACUUUGCCUCUCUGGAAAAACAAAAUACCGAACCAAUCUGUGAGUAUUUGUCCCAUACCAUUGGGCAGGGUGGAGGGAAAUCAUAAGAAAGAGAACACUUGCAUACAUUGUUCUAUAUGCUAUUUUUAAAAAAUCCCCCACUUCCUUAGUUUUGACACAUGCUAAUAUUUAGGGCAUUUUUCACUGAAAAAUCUGUUUCUCAUAAUGGGGAGCACUAGAUGAACCAAAGGGAAAGCAGCAGCAAUAACUUGGGGGAGGGAAGGACACAUGUGAUUUACCUACUCGUGUAUUAUGUCUGAAAUAAUGUUUAGCUGCUAUUCACUAGCAGUGGAGCAAGGACAAGAUCUUCCACCUCUUUCUAAGCUCUUUUCCCUUUGCAAAAGAUUGUGUUCCUUCAGUGUUCAUGGGGGCCACAGCUGGUUCUGGUGUACAUCUUCUAAGACCCUGUCUUGAUAUGACACCUCUGUAAAAUGAAUGCACAUAGGUUCCUUAAGGAAAGUCUUCAUGGCCACCUGGUGAAGGACUUUGCACUUGCUUUGGCAAUGCUUUGAAGAUAAUGGUACCAACAUCUUGGCAAGAGAGUUUGUAAAAAUAAAAUCAGCAGUAACAUUAAGUGCCCUCCUGGAAUUUCACU